CCCUACACAAAAUGGAAAGGUUGCUAUAGUGACUGGAGGUGCUAAAGGAAUUGGUUACCAAACCGUGAAGCAUUUGGCACAACUUGGCAUGCACGUUAUAAUAGCUGGAAACAGCGAGAGUGAGGGCCAAAAAGCGGUGAGGAAAAUACAAGAAGAAACUUUGACUGGAAAAGUGGAGUUUUUAUACUGUGAUUUGGCUUCCAUGAAGUCCAUACGGCAAUUUGUGCAGCGGUUUAGAGCAAAGAAUUGUCCACUCCAUGUCCUGGUGAAUAAUGCUGGGGUGAUGCUGGUCCCUGAAAGGAAGACGGAGGAUGGGUUUGAGGAGCACUUCGGCUUGAACUACUUGGGACACUUCCUGUUGACUAACCUCCUCUUGGAUACGCUGAAGCAAUCAGGAACGCACAGUCACAACGCUAGGAUCAUCACUGUCUCGUCAGCCACCCAUUAUGUAGGCAAAUUGCACCUGAAUGACUUACAAAGCAGAUGUUCGUAUUCACCCCAUGGAGCCUAUGCCCAAAGCAAACUUGCCCUUGUGUUAUUUACCUAUCAACUACAGCAUCUUCUGACUGCAAAUGGAAGCCAUGUGACUGCUAAUGUAGUAGACCCUGGAGUAGUGAAUACUGAGCUCUACAAGCAUGUCUUUUGGGCUGUAAAAGUGGCCAAAUGGAUGACAGCCUGGCUAUUUUUCAAGACUCCAGAGGAAGGAGCCUCUACAAGCAUCUAUGCAGCAGUAUCACCCGAGAUGGAAGGAGCUGGCGGCUGCUACCUUUACAAUGAGAAAAGGACAAAAUCAGCUGACGUAGCAUAUGAUGAGGACCUGCAGAGAAGGCUCUGGACAGAAAGCUGCAAGAUGGUUGGCAUUUCUGAUGAAUCCAGCAGAGUUCCCUAGAAGAAGCCGCUUCCAGCUGGGUAAAUGAAAUGUAUUGACAAGCAUCUUAGGUGAAUUCUUGCAGCAUCAGUCAUCAUCCUGGAAAUCACUGUUCAGUCUCAAAGGCAAACAAGAACAGCCCUGUUCUUCACUUGAACCCCUAGUCUGCUAGGGUGUGGGGGGAGUAUUCCCACAGAAAGAGGUAGUGGUUGGUUUUAAAUCUAACCAUCAGUUUUGUAAAUCAUGAUGUUUCAGUCUGUGAUUAAAAUACAAUCUUUAACCUUG